AGUAGAGCAGAUACACCUCAUUUCCAUUUUUUUGCACAUGAAAUCACAAUCCAAACGACGUGGGCACGUUACUCCGUUUUCCUUCAAUUUUCAACAUUAGACUCGCCCACGUUUCCCCCCAUAUUCUUAUUCUUAUAGGCUCAAAACUCCAAUAAUAACUAUCUGGACUUUUUGUUGAUUUAAAUAAUUCUUUAGUUUUUGCCAUUUGGAAAAGGAAGCUCCAAAAUAAUGUUAACCAAUUCUGAUGAACAUCCUUAUUAAUCUAAUAUGAUAUAUGAAGGAUCCAUGUAUAAUACUCCCUUGCUUCUUGAACAACCAUAUCUUUUUCCUUUUCCCUUUUGUCUCGAUAUUUUCUAAACUGUCCUAUGAAGCAAAAACGGCUUAGUCAAUUCUAUUGGGGGCCAUGAAAGUGUCAUAUAUUGCUUGCAUGCCACUUCUGCGUUUACAAAGUCUCCUCCAUUCCUUGUUAUCACUCUUAACAAUAGAGAGAUAUCCAUAGAUUCUGAAGUUUGAAUUUUCUUUUCUACUUUUGCACUUAAUGUCUUCUAAGACCUCCUCACAGCAAUACGAGGAAGCCAUGCCAGUGUUUGAAUCUUUCAGGAGAAUCAAGCGUUUGAGGCUGUUUGAACCUUCUGUGGGGGUUGCUGGAUUUUUACUAGCAACUGCUUUUGUAACGUGCUGUUUCUUCUACUUGGAUUACAGAGAAAUCGGUGGAAGAUUUGGGCUGUUGAGUCAGAGGUCCCAGCAGAAAAGUGGUUCAGCAGGGGAAAAAGCAGGGGAUAACAGAGUUGAAUUUCUUGGAGAAAAGGGUGGUAGGUGUGACUUGUUUCAGGGUAACUGGGUUUGGGAUGAAAGUUACCCUUUGUAUGAGUCAAGAGAUUGCAACUUCGUUGAUGGAGGAUUUCGUUGUUCAGAGAAUGGAAGACAUGAUUUGUUCUAUACAAAGUGGAGGUGGCAGCCAAAAGAUUGCAACUUGCCCAGAUUCAAUGCAACGAUGAUGUUGGAAAAGCUGAGGAACAAGCGGGUAGUGUUUGCUGGGGACUCAAUUGGGAGAAACCAAUGGGAAUCACUAUUAUGCAUGCUCUCCUCUGAAGUUCCAAAUAAGGAAUCAAUCUACGAAGUAAAUGGUAACCCAAUUACAAAGCACAAAGGUUUUUUGGUGUUCAGAUUCAAGGAUUUUAACUGCACCGUGGAGUACUACAGAGCUCCAUUUCUCGUAGUGCAAAGCCGUCCUCCUAAGGGAACAAGUGAAAAGAUUAGUACAACCCUGAAAUUGGAUCAAAUGGAUUGGAACUCUUGGAAGUGGAGAGAUGCUGAUGUCCUGGUUCUUAACACAGGACACUGGUGGAAUUAUGAGAAAACCAUUAGAGGGGGUUGUUAUUUCCAGGAAGGUGUAGAAGUUAAGUUGGAAAUGAAGGUAGAAGAUGCAUAUAAGAAGUCCAUGGAGACAAUAUUGAAGUGGAUACAAAAUACAGUAGAUCCUAGGAAGACUCAAGUCUUCUUCCGCACUUAUGCCCCUGUGCAUUUCAGAGGUGGAGAUUGGAGACAAGGUGGAAGCUGUCAUUUGGAAACACUGCCAGAACUUGACUCCUCAAUGUCAUUGGUGUCCAAUGAUAGCCGGUCUCAGUUCAACAUAGCUAAUUCUGUGUUUUCAUCACACACAAACACUUCUGAAGUUUUGAAGUUCAAGGUAUUGAAUGUGACCCAGAUGACGGCUCAGAGAAAAGACGGGCAUUCAUCUAUAUAUUAUCUCGGUCCCGAUGCCGGCACUGCAGCUCUCCAUCGCCAAGAUUGCAGCCAUUGGUGCCUGCCUGGUGUACCGGAUACAUGGAAUGAGCUGCUUUAUGCAUUGUUCCUAAAACAGGAAACUUCUUCACACUGAGAAUUUUAAUUAUGCUGAAUGAAUUCAUGGAGCUAGCAUCAUGCAAAGGAAUUAGUAUACCAACCAUUUCUUUCCUCGGAGGAGAUACCAUUGCAUCAAUGACAUCUGUUUCAGCACAUUUGCAAUGAGAACUGAGGUUUCGGAUUUUAUCUAUUUACACCACACCAGCAUUGACCAGUAAGAAGUAAGAACUACGUACAUAUCUAGACAUCAACUGUGGAAAUUGGAAUACAAUGCUGCUAGUGUAGAAACCCAAAGUUUUCUGACUUUUGAUUAUUUACAUUGUGCAGUUACAAGUUGAAUAGUGAAUUAGUAAAUGCAAAUGUAAAGUAUCAUAGGAUUUUUUUUUUAAUUUCCUAAUCAAUGCCACAAAGCAUAAUUAUAAGUGACAAGAACCCUGUCGCGAAUUAGCCGAAAUAUAAAUGUUUCCAACUCAAAUCGAAUUGCUUCAUGUUAUGUUAGAUAAAAUAUAUUAUCUAGUCAUGUAACCGGGUUAAAACGGAGUUUUGUUAUUA